AUGCAGCGACCAGUUGCAUUGCACCUGGUGAUGGAGUACUACACGCGGGUAUUGAUGCUGGUGCUGUUGCAUCCGGCUUGCUCGAUUGUUACACCGCACCAGCAAGUGCAGGAAUGUGCGGUAGACACCGCAUUCGCCGUUCCCAACUUUAAGGCAAACUGGUUCAAGGCGGUGGAGUACUGUCACUAUUUGGGACGGUCGCUGGUGACGAUAGCGACGGAACAGAAGCAGCAAGCCAUCGACCGGCUGUUGGACGAUGCGGGCCACUAUGCGCGCGACCAGCCAUACUGGUGCGGUGCGAACGAUCUGGCGGACGGGGACAACUUCCACUGGCAUCUGACGGGCCGUCCCGUCACCACCGGAUGGACCAACUGGCGCGACGAGCUGCACCGCCGGGAGCAGGCGGCCGAGAUGGAUGCGUUCAAGGUCCGGUGCGUUACGAUGUCACGCACCGCGGACGAUGUGGAGGAGCUGCAGCAACGGCAGGUGCUACCGCCGUCCGCAUCACCGACACCAGCAGCCUUCUCGUGGAUCUGGACGGUGGCCAACUGCUGGAAGGAGCAGUACUUCAUCUGCGAACGUACCGGCGGCUGCCGGUGA